AUGUUGAUUGUUGGAAAAGCGUGGAAAAGUGUGAGUCAAACGACAAUAUUUAACUGUUUUCGUAAGUCUGGAUUCUGUGUUAACACACCCGAUGAAGAACUUCAAGUUGUGCAGCCAACACCUUGGGAAUCUCACCCUGUAAUAGGAGAUGUUCCAUUUGAAGAUUUUGUGCAAGUUGAUGACGAAGUUGCAGUAUGGGGAACCCUUACUGAUGCUGACAUCUUGGCCGCUAAAGAUGAAGAACAACCUGAUGUUGAUAACGAUGAGGAAGACCAGGAGUUCCCGCCUGUCACACUGAAGGAAGCCAGCACAUCCUUAAAAAAGCUGCGCCAUUUUUCUCUCCAGACAGAAGUUGGGCCGGAAGUGUUCGACGCACUAUUUGUGUUAAACAAGGUCGUCGAUGAGGCACGAAUCAACAAGAAAAAGCAAUCAAAGAUAACAGAUUUUUUCAAUGAAUCAUUAGAAAUUAAUGUUCUUUAAGUUUUGUUAGUUUGCCGUAUGACAUUAUGUGUUUAGUAAAAAAACUCUUGGUAA